AACAAUUUUUUUAAAAAUAUCAUUUACCUUAAUUCGAAUAUAAGGCUUGCAAAAAUAACUUUAAGUUUAAGUGGUUUAAAACUUGCUAUCCAUGAUGUAUUUUUUUAAAGUAUGGCUUACUAUUGCCUGUGCUUUUUCAUAUGUGAAAAGUACACCAUUUUCAUCGCGAAUUAUCAAUGGUAAGCAAUCAAAAGAACCUCAUCCAUGGGUAGCUAGAGUAGUAGUCAGUGACAAAAAUACACCUAAAGGUAGAGCUAUAAGUACUGAUUGUGGCGGCAGUUUAAUUGAGACAAAAUGGGUUCUGACUGCAAAACAUUGUUUGUUGAAUAAUGAGACUAAAGAAUAUAGUAACAAUUAUGAAGUGAGCUUAGGCAGCAAUGCCUGGACUUCUGGUCAAUUCAUAAAAGUCGUACAACAUUUCUUCUAUUCUAAAGAAAAUCAUAUAGAUAACGAUUUAGCUUUGUUGCUCUUAGAAGAAAAACCUAAAGAUGUUGAUCCAAUACCGAUACGACUUCAUGAUUAUGAAAAUUAUGGUGGCGAAUUAGCAACUAUUUAUGGAUGGGGUCGUACAGAUCCAAAAGUAGAUUCAGUAGAGAUUAACCUAAGGGAAACUAAAGUAAAGUUGAAUGACGAAAAUGAAUGUCCACAAGAUGUUGUAUGCUUCGAUCCAACUAAAACGAAUACAAACUCAUGCGUAGGUGACAGCGGUGGACCAAUGACCAUUGAAAUUCUAGGAGUAGAAACUCUUAUUGGAGUAACUCAUGUUGGAUCAGUUGUAAACGGGGUAGAGUGUUCUGGAACAUUUAGUUCUUACACUAAGACAUUCUAUAAACCAUAUGCUAAAUGGAUAGCAAAAACUAUGUUAGAAAAUUAGUAAAUAACAAAACAGUUAUGUCUGAAAACAGGUACCGAAUUAAUUAAUAUACAUGAAAUAGCGAAUUGUAAAAAAUAUAAUAUUUUUAAAUAUAAUAAAUU